GCUGUUUAAACAAACUAGAGAGAAUUUAGUUACAAACACAACACAGUCAUAGAGGAAAGCUGGAAUCACUGGAAUUAAAGCCAACUGCUAUUAGCAUAUUAGUGUGAUUUUCAUUAUUGUAAUAGAAGUGUGGAUACUCUAAGCCUAAGAUACGAAGUACUACAUGAAAUCGUUGUCAAAAUACAUUUGUAAGGGUAUAAUUCCCUUAGGAAACACUAUAGGAAUUUUUGAGUUUAUCCCAUUUAACUUGUAAUCACUAUUAAAUUAUAUACAUGGUUAAAUCAUACCAAAGUGCUUAGGAGAUGCUAGUACAUGGGAAAACACUUAGGUGUAAUGCAGACCUUCCGGUUCCUUUAAAAGUUACAAAACUAAUUGAAAUAAACUAUUUGAAGAGCUGUUAUGAGUUCAGGUAUUGUGCUGUUAUGUCAGGAUGUUAAAAAAAAAAAAAGUGGAUCAUAUUAUUUCAAUUAUAAUAAUGAUCAAAACUGAGUGCUUGAUUAAAGACUUUAGCUUAUAAAUAGGAAUAACUGCUUUACUUCAAAAUAUUUCUGACCUUGGUAUAGAUAGACAUACAAAAUUAGAAAUGGCUGUUACUGAAUUUCUAGCGAUACUGUGCAGUGUUGAAACUGGGGGGAGGAUAGCACUUCUGAAGGUCAGGUUUGGGGAAGCAGGUUGGGUUUUUUUGAAGUGGAAAGAAAAAGACAUUCUGCAAGAGCAUUCUUUUUCCAGAUGUAGUGGGUGUGAGAGAUGAUAGAUCUCAAGCUAUCUUCCAAGUACAGUUCUGUUGUGUGUCAAGUCAGUAGGGAAACCUGUUCAAUUAGCAUUCUAUGGAACUUUGUCCUGGAUUUUUUAGGAAUGAUUGCAAAUCCUUAUCAUAGAUAUGGUGUAUAUUGAUGUAGUUUACUUUCUUGUAAAUUGCACUGCUGCAGUUCAUGCUUUUCUAGUGUAAAAAAUGUCUCUCGGGAGUGUUCCUUGGUAGAAGUACACUGGGGGCUGCAAGAUCUGUGUGUUAGCAGGUGUGCUGCAACAACUGUUUUGUGCCUGCUGAUUCUGACCAGCUGAUGUUCACCACUGCAGUGGCAGAAGGGGGAAUAAGGCUGUGUCCAGGAUCCUUGGGACAGGACACCGGUCUGAAAGGUGCUGCAGUAUUUUAAGCCAAACGGUCGUCUUCCUUUGGACUGCAGAAUCUGCUGCUCUAUUGUCUGUAGGCUAUGGUGUGGUAGCCCACGCUUCCCAAGCUGCAUGCUUUUCAGCUCCUGUCCCUCCCCGCAGAGCCCAUUUCACACACAGUUCCACCUAAACUCCGUUCAAGUGCUGUUAUAUACCCUUCUGAUCACAGCAUGAUGUUCAGAGUUUUAUAAAAUGUAUAAAAACUUAAAUCUAACGUGGAUACAAAAAAGCAGUAGGAUUUCCUGUUGAACAGAAGUAAAAUAGCAAUAAUAAUUUGAUCUCUGUUUUCAUUGCCAGUUAAUUGUGGCAUCUGGCAAAUGAUACCAUACAGAAUGCAUUGCAGUAAUGAAAUGUGGAAGUUCAGGAGGUGAUUAAUGCAAAGAAGUCCAAACCCGGCAGAAGCUCUUCCCUAUUUACUCAAUUGUAGACAAAACCUCCUGUUCUCACACUUGCAUGGGAGCUCUUAGAAGUCUGGAAACAUACUCAAGAUUGCCGUAAGAAUAACUGUAACAGUCUCAAGACUGUAUUUCGGAGGCAGUGAUGUUUUUAUUGUCUAAAAGAAUCCUCUUAUAAAACAUUACCCAGCUGUUGUGCUAGCCCAGCUUGGUGGAAAUGACACAGUUACUGAGGAGUUACCUUCUGACACACUAACUCAGUAGAGUUGAUUUGUAACACUGUAUGGCAUAGUAGCAGUAGUUAACCAAGAGUACUGCUUUGAAAUGGAAAUCUCAUUUAAAUUUUAAAUAUAUAUUAUUGUACUAUAUAUAACUUUGCUUGUGAUAGUAUCACUGUGCUAUUGUAGCGUUACUAAAUGAUCUCAAGAAAGCAGCUGAAGUAUUUUUCUGGAAAGGGAAGAAAGGGAAAUUCUGACACUGCAGAGCCUUUUUGUUAUGUCGCAGUACUAGCAGUGGAAGAGUGUGGGGGAGGUGUGGGGCAUGUUAUUACUCAAGGGUUUCCUGACCUUACAAUAUUGGUACUUGGAAUGGUCUACAAAGUAGAAAUCAACUUUUGGUUGACUACUCUUGAUAAAUUUUGUCAAUGUUAGUAUUUGUUGGUUAAAAGCGACUAAAUAGGUAUGAGUUUUGUUGCAAAGGCUCCUUCAGUUGCUGUUGUUCAUGGAUUAGUGACAUAACAAUGUCAUUUUAUUUUUGAGUUCAACAGUGUAAUUUUGCUACUUUUUUAACUUUCUUCCACUAGAUGGCCCAAGCGUUCUUUCAAGUAUGAGAACUGGAACUUAAUUUCUAAACUAAAUUUGUGAUGUUUUAACUGAAGUUAAAAUUCUGCAUCAAGAAACAUAUGUAAAUUUCUGUGAUGCUUUGUGCUUGUUUAAAAUACAACUACUUUAUAUCAACCAAGAGAGUGUUGGUUAAUGUAAGUAAUAUGUGGUAAUGAAGGUUAAAUCAUGUAUGAUUUUCCAUGUCCCUCUUUUCCCUUGUUUAGAACAUUUCUUACUGCAUGUAGUACAAAGCUGUUUAGCUUUUUGCGUUGAGAUGAGAGCUGAUGUACUGUCACUUGGACAGUGUGUUCAGUAGUAGUGGUUCAGAGAGACUCUGAAAAGGUGUUGAUCUCAGGCUGAAGUUUGUCCCUAACAUCUCCUGGGACUGAGACUCUUAUUUUUCAGACUACUGUAACUGAUUUUUUUUUUCUGGUCUGUUUUGCUGCAUGGGGUGUUGAUAACAGCUUUGCGGUUUUUCACCAGUAUAGAUGUGGUCCAUGGGUUCUGAAUAGGUGUAGUUGUUAAAUGUGCGGACAGUAAUUUAAUUCACCUAUUUUUAUUGUCUAAUGGACAUAAAGUAUAAGCUUGUCAUCAAGGCUAUCUUUUUGGUUAGUGGAGAAAGACAGUUACACACAGAAGGCAGCUCUUACUGUGAGGGUGGUUAGACACUGGAAUGAGGCCGAAGAAGUGGUGGGAUUUUCACCCACAGAGACAUGCAAAACUCAGCAGGACUGAGCCUGGCCAUGCUGGGCCACCUCUGACUGGAAGAUUGAACUAGGUGACCUCGAGAAGUCCCCCUCAGCCUCAAUUAUUCUGUAAUUCCAAAAGAAGACUUUCUUAGUUCCUUUUCUCUACUGGUAUGUAAACCAAAAAUCAACACAAGAAAAAUUAAUUAUUGUCUUUCUGAGUUAAUUCCUCACUUCAGUAUUUUGCAUUGAGUUCCAGCUUUCCUUUUGCUUCUGAGGACCUUGAUGUGGUGGUAUUAGACCACCAGAACAAGUGUGUGUGUCUGUGUGUGCUCUUUUCCUUCUUAAAUUGCACCCCCUGGAAAAAAAAAAAAUAAAAGGGCGUGCUAUAGUCCUCCUUUCACUGCUGCACUUGCCAAAUGCCCUCUCUGUCCUAUUGUUUUAUAUCGUUACUCCUGGGGACUCCCUUUAACAGGGACAGUAGAUUUUCUCUUAUUCCUGUUUCUCUUUUUCUCUUUAUGGAAGAGAGUCAGCUGUUGUCCCUUCCUCUGCAUCUGACUGCUCCUUCUUUCCUUCCUUUUCCCAUUGUCAGUAUUUGUCCUGUCCUGCCACCUCCCUGUUCCUCUUCCCUUUUCUGGCCGGAGACAAAUGAAUAUGUCCAUGUGUACUAGAAGGAUGGACAUAAAUGGAGAAGUAUUUGGAAGUCAGUUCUGUAGACAAAAAGUCCUGUUCCAGUUCACCGCUCUACUGAUACGUGGUGGAGUUCUGCAUUUGCAGUAUUUGUCUUGCUUUCUAAUUUCUUCCAAAGUCAGUAGUUUUCACCUUGUUGAGCAAUAUGCCACACAGAUUUUUACCAGUUGAGCCAAUGGAGAACUUUCUAAAUAUGUUGGGUUUCUGAUAGAAGUAUAUUUUUAAUGGCAUUUCUUUCUGAACUGAUACACUCUUAACUUUGUGUAGGAAAUUGGCUGCAUGGCCUUGCAACUGCUGUUACUACUAAUGCAGGCUUAACUUUGUGGCUGGAAACUGGACUGGUGAAAGUAAUUCCAUUCUUAGCAUCCUGGUAGUGGAAAACAUAGAUACAGGUCUAAAACAUUAAUGAUACGUUUUGGUUGGUAGUGUUUAGUUCUUAACUUUCUUUUUACUGAACAAAUUUAAUAGCAAGUACGAAAUAGUGUGGUUUUAAAAAGAUGUUAUACUCGGAAAUCUUUGAUGCAACAGAGACAUAUAUAGGUGUCACUUGUCUACAUGUAGUUUUGCAUGCUCCAUUGUAUGGAACUUUCAGUGCUGUAAAAGGGGGAUUAUCUAAAGAUGAUGUGAAAGUUUUUUGGUUUUGGUCAUGUCUCAAUCAAAAGUUUGCACUUAACAUGUUUUUUUUGUAGCUGUAGACAGUUGAAGCAGGUAGUAAUGUUUGGUUUCAGGUGGACAUUUUAGUUCGCGUAUCUGAUGCAUGUAGUACAAUAGCAUGUUUAUUGUGUUGUUUUGUAGCUAGAAAUAAAGACAUUAUAUUUUAGGGUGAACAAAAUGAAGUGAUAGUGAUGGACAAGACUUCAGAAAGGUGUUGUUUCAUACCUGAAUGCGUUUACGUAGUGGCACCUCUUAAAUAUGUGUAGGCUUUUUGGAUAAGUGAAUGUAGUGCCUUUGGGUGUGUGACAUCGCCAUGAUGUAGUACCAUUUGGAAGCUGGACAAAGCUGGAGAAGAGUGUGGUAUCAGAUGUCACUAGUAGAUUUGGGAAAGAAACUUUUAGAAGCUGCACGAGCAGGUCAAGAUGAUGAAGUUCGCAUUUUGAUGGCAAAUGGAGCACCUUUUACCACAGAUUGGUUGGGAACAUCUCCACUUCAUCUAGCAGCACAGUAUGGACACUACUCAACAACAGAAGUGUUGCUGCGAGCAGGUGUAAGUCGGGAUGCCAGAACCAAAGUGGACAGAACUCCAUUACAUAUGGCAGCAUCAGAAGGCCAUGCCAGCAUAGUAGAAGUCUUACUUAAGCAUGGCGCUGAUGUAAAUGCGAAGGACAUGCUCAAAAUGACUGCGCUUCACUGGGCCACUGAACAUAACCAUCAAGAAGUUGUAGAACUCUUAAUAAAAUAUGGAGUGGAUGUUCAUGCUCAAAGUAAAUUUUGCAAAACAGCUUUAGAUAUUGCAGUAGACAAUGGAAAUGAAGACCUUGCAGAAAUAUUACAGAUUGCAAUGCAGAACCAAAUCAAUACAAAUCCAGAGAGCCCGGACACUGUGACGAUACAUGCAGCAACACCACAGUUUAUCAUUGGACCUGGAGGGGUGGUGAACCUAACAGAUGAAACAGGAGUGUCUGCUGUACAGUUUGGAAAUUCAUCGACAUCAGUAUUAGCCACAUUGGCAGCUUUGGCAGAAGCAUCAGCUCCACUGUCUAAUUCUUCAGAAACACCAGUUGUGGCCACAGAAGAAGUUGUGACUGCAGAAUCUGUGGAUGGUGCUAUUCAACAAGUUGUCAGUUCUGGGGGUCAACAAGUAAUUACUAUAGUUACAGACGGCAUUCAGCUUGGUAACCUGCACUCAAUUCCAACCAGUGGAAUAGGGCAACCAAUCAUUGUGACCAUGCCUGAUGGACAGCAAGUAUUAACAGUUCCAGCCACAGACAUUGCUGAAGAAACUGUGAUAAGUGAAGAACCACCAGUGAAGAGACAGUGUAUUGAGAUUGUUGAAAAUCGCGUGGAGUCUGCAGAAAUAGAAGAAAGAGAAACUCUUCAGAAACAGCUGGAUGAGGCAAACAGAGAAGCACAAAAAUAUCGUCAGCAGCUUCUAAAGAAAGAACAAGAAGCAGAGGCUUAUCGGCAGAAGUUAGAGGCAAUGAACCGCCUGCAGACUAAUAAAGAAGCUGUUUAAUAAAAAAAUGAACAUACUGCAAAGCCUGUUACUUUCAAAAACCUGCAGUACAAUCUUGAACUGUACGCUAUAUAGGUACAGACACAGGAUUACAUGAUAGAGAAGAUGCUACAAGUUGAUAACCGGACUUAAGCCGUGAGCUCUGAUGAAUUUCUUGUAACAUAAAAACUCUGAAUUUAGAAAUUGUGCAAAGUAUUUAAAAUGAAAUACUGUAAAUAGUUGGUUUUUUUACAGUUUCAAAAUGAGUUGAUAAAUCUUUUUGAAGGGAACCAGAAACAUGAGAAGCCAAUGUUUUUGUGAAAUUUUGAUUUUAGUAUGAAUCUUAACUUCUGAAAAACAGAACAGUUUUAAGGGUGAUGAUGUUGAUUUAAGCUGACAGCUUGAAAAUGAAUUAUGUGGCAAAAUGAAUUAACAGUUAUUUCUCCAUGGUAACAACUUAAACUUCUCUGAAUAAGACAUUUCCAGGUGGAAAUCUUUGUACAGCUUUAAGUAGUUGUCUCAGAUUCUCUGAAAACCAUUUUUGGUUUGUUUUUUUUUUAUUUUAGGUGGUGAAAUUUUUAUAUUUAAUUUCAGAUAUAUCCAAGUAGAUUUACAUGUAUAUGAAGCUAAUAUUUUUUAAACUUUUCAGUUUGUACAUAUGCUGCAUGUUUUUAUAAUUUCUACACAUACAUCUUGCAUAGGUAUUUUUCAGCAAAGAUGAGAAAAAUGAGAAAAAUGUUUAGCCUAUAGGUCAUUUGAAAUAAACUAGCAGCCGGUUUUAUUGUGGAUGGUAUAUUUCUUGGAAGAAUGUAAUUUGUAAUUAAAAAGAACAAAAAAAAAUCUUAAUUUACAUAUUGGAGGCAAUUUAAAAUUGUGAGUGGAGGCAUUGAAACUUCACUUUGUUUUACAAACUUAAAAGUUUCACUGUGUCUUACAGUUUUCCUGUACAAACAUUUUAAAGUUCAGUAACGAAUAGAAAAGAAUGUCUCCACUGGAACACAACUAGUAGUUCUUUUAGAAUAUUCCUAUUGAUCUCUUUUUCCCCAAUAGCCUUGAAAUUAUUUCAGUGAUAUGUUUUUUUUUUCCAAACAGACUUUUGCAUUUUAAUCAUGCAAUUGGACAAGUAAUUUUUUUAUGUUGUAGUGAUGCUUUUCUUACCUAGCAUCAUUGUUCCUCACUGUGAUACUCUGUGUGUGUGUGUCUGUGCAGUGAUCUAUUAUGCUUAGGAUUUAUAUAGCACGUUACAUCUUCAGAGCAUUGUAAAAUCUUUUAAAGAACCCUUACUGUACUGCCUGAGGCAGGUAAGUGGGUGUUAUUGUCUCAAUUUUAUAACUGGUAUAAGUGCAACACAGGGAGUGUUAAAUGACUGGCCCAAGACCACAUGAAUCUGUGGUAGACCUGGGAAUAGAUCUCAGGAGUUCCUGACUUCUAGUCCUGUGCUUAGACUGAGCUGCCUUAAGAUUGUUCAGUGCUGUGUUACAUUAAAUUUUGAACUACUGUGCAGAUUCCUUUUUUGUAAGAUACAAUUCUUUGUGCUUUGCUUUGUUGUUCCAUGUUUCACUGCUUUUAUGGAAUUGUUUAUAUAAACUUAAGCAAAAAGUCUAGUUUACCUAUACUGUACACAGAAGAAUUACCCUUAAAACUGUACUCUGGCCUACUUUUUCUAUUUUACAAUUAAAUAUCUUUUCCACAUA